UUUCAAUAGUUGUCCUAACUAUAAACGUCAAUAAAAACAUAGAAAAUUACAGCUGGCAAAAUAUUCUUUAGCUUAUAUAGAUGAAGUACCAGCUUACAAAUUCACUGCACUCUCCACCAAAUCCAUUCUUCACGGAGAAAAAAAAAAAUGGCGACAGAUUCUCAACCAAACCAAAAGCUAACGCUUCCGUUAAAAACAAGAAUCGCUCUCACCGUUAUCUCCACCAUGACCGAUAACGCUCAACGUCCUGACGGAACUAUCAACCGCCGUUUCCUCCGCCUCUUCGAUUUCCGUGCUCCUCCCAAUCCUAAACCUGUCAACUCCGUCUCCACCUCCGAUUUCGUCGUGGAUCAAUCUCGUGAUCUCUGGUUCCGAUUGUACACUCCACACGUCUCCGGCGAUAAAAUCCCCGUCGUUGUUUUCUUCCACGGCGGUGGUUUCGCUUUCCUCAGUCCUAAUGCGUAUCCUUACGAUAAUGUAUGCCGGAGAUUCGCUAGGAAAUUGCCUGCUUACGUCAUCUCCGUUAACUACCGUCUCGCUCCAGAGCAUCGUUAUCCUGCUCAAUACGACGACGGAUACGAUGCUUUGAAGUUCCUCGAGGAGAAUCACGGCAAGGUUCUUCCGGCGAACGCUGAUCUGUCGAGAUGCUUCUUCGCCGGAGACAGCGCUGGUGGAAACAUCGCUCACAACGUCGCGGUUCGAAUUUGCCGUGAACCGCGGGGAUGUUUCACGGCCGUGAAACUCAUCGGACUCAUCUCGAUCCAACCUUUCUUCGGCGGAGAAGAGAGAACGGAGGCGGAGAAACGACUCGUCGGAGCUCCUCUGGUUUCACCGGGCCGAACAGAUUGGUGCUGGAAAGCGAUGGGAUUAAACCGGGAUCAUGAAGCGGUUAACGUUGGCGGACCAAACGCGGUGGAUAUAUCGGAUCUGGAGUAUCCGGAGACGAUGGUGGUUGUUGCUGGGUUUGAUCCGUUACAAGAUUGGCAAAGAAGUUACUACGAGUGGAUAAAGUUAUCCGGGAAAAGAGCAACGUUAAUCGAGUAUCCAAACAUGUUUCAUGCUUUUUAUAUUUUCCCUGAAUUACCGGAGUCGGGUCAGUUAAUUAUGCGGAUUAAGGAUUUUGUUGCUGAGCGCGUGGCUUCACUCUCCGCUUAAUCACCAUCGAUAAUAAUGGAUUUGUUAAAUUAGCUCGAUUAAAUUAAUAAUAAUGUAUUAAGCUAUGCUUAUGUCUUAUUAAAAUCGUCUAGGCCGAUGUAUUAUUAGUCUGUUUUCAUUAUUAAUCAAAUGUUCAACUUUAAGUGAAUGUGUGUUUAUGUUCUUCAAACUUGUUUUAAAGCUUGAGACGUGGGAUUUUUGAACUUGUAGUAAAAUACAAAUGUUGGUUUCA